GAACCAGCUGUUUUCACUUAUCCAACAGCUCAACUUUUACAUCUAUCUCAAACAUAGAGAAGAUGGCGUGGCGCAACCAAGGUAUCACAGGUUCCAACAACAUUCCCCUGGGGAAGAGACGGUUUGGUGGUGAGGAAGAGGAUAGUCGCACAGCGACUCCUGCGUCCGCCGUUGGGGAUCAGCGUGGUAGAAGUCCUGUCCGGGCCGAUCCUCCAGCCGACGGCGUGAAAAGACGCAAGAAGCGCAAUCGAUGGGGCGAUGCUCAGGAGAACAAGGCCGCCGGCCUCAUGGGCUUGCCCACGAUGAUCAUGGCCAACUUCACCACGGAGCAGCUUGAGGCUUAUACUCUUCAUCUGCGUAUCGAGGAAAUCAGCCAAAAGCUCAGGAUCAACGACGUUGUCCCCGCGGAUGGCGACAGGUCACCUUCUCCACCUCCGCAGUACGAUAACUUUGGAAGACGUGUUAACACCAGAGAAUACCGCUACCGCAAGCGCCUCGAGGAUGAGCGUCAUAAACUGGUGGAAAAAGCCAUGAAGACCAUCCCUAACUAUCACCCACCUUCUGACUACAGGCGUCCCACCAAGACCCAAGAGAAGGUCUAUGUGCCAGUGAAUGAUUAUCCAGAGAUUAACUUCAUUGGCUUACUCAUAGGUCCUCGUGGAAACACCCUGAAGAAGAUGGAGUCGGAGUCCGGUGCCAAGAUAGCUAUUCGAGGCAAAGGCUCUGUCAAGGAAGGAAAAGGCCGAUCUGACGCCGCUCACGCUAGCAACCAGGAAGAGGAUCUUCAUUGUUUGAUCAUGGCAGAUACUGAAGAGAAGGUUAACAAAGCCAAGAAACUUGUGCACAACGUUAUUGAGACGGCUGCCUCUAUUCCAGAAGGCCAGAACGAACUCAAGAGAAACCAACUUCGUGAGCUGGCCGCGCUCAACGGUACUCUUCGUGACGAUGAGAACCAGGCUUGCCAGAAUUGCGGUCAAAUCGGGCAUCGCAAAUAUGACUGCCCCGAGCAGCGCAACUUCACUGCGAACAUCAUCUGUCGUGUCUGCGGUAACGCGGGCCAUAUGGCUCGUGAUUGUCCCGACCGCCAAAGAGGAAGCGACUGGCGCAACAACCAAGGCGGCUUCGGUGGCCGCAAAGCUAUUGGCGGUGGCGAUGCUGUUGACAGAGAGAUGGAGCAACUCAUGCAAGAAUUGUCUGGUGGUGGCCCUGGGCCAGACGGCCAACCUCCUCGCCGUAUUGAGGCUGGUCCCGACCAAGGUUACGAUGACCGCGACAUGAAGCCUUGGCAACGCCCUCCCCCUCCUGGCGAUGUGGCUCCCUGGCAGCAACGUGGCCCGCGCGACAGUCGCCGUGACGACUAUGCCCCUCGUGAUCACGGUUCCGCCGCCCCAUGGGCUUCUCAGGGUCGUGGCGGCAACGAUUACGGAUAUGGCGCCUCUGGAGGUUAUGGUGCUCCUGGAUCUGCCGCACCUUGGCAACAGCAAGCCGCCCCUGCUGCGCCCGGACAGGCCGCUUAUGGAUAUGGAGGAUAUCCCUCGUAUCCCCCACCUGCGCCUGGUAUGGGUGCUCCAGGCGCUGCCCCUCCUGGCCUUGGCGCCCCUCCUCCACCACCCGGCAUGCCUUCGAUGUACUACGGUGCCGGUGUUAGUCCACCUCCGCCACCUCCUGGCGAAGGGCCUCCUCCUCCGCCUCCGAGUGACCAGCCGCCGCCACCUCCUCCCCCAGCUUAGUCGAUGAGCUGUCGCGAAACCUGGUGAUUAUAAGAGCGUCUGCAAACUGGUAAGGAAGAGGACGGACUCAUGAAAUAAAAACAAACAAACGGAGGCGCGUUAUGGUAUUCUUUAUUCUGCGGGCAAUUGGUAUAAUUUCAUUUUUCUAUGCCUUUGUUUCGUACAACUAACAUUUAGUACUAACUUGACCAUAUCUCGGUUGAAUAUAUUCUAUUGACCUGUAUCUGCAUGCGAUACGCUAUUUCUCGUAAUGUAGGGUUCUUUCCUACUGCCUAGAGGGUCUCAAGUACAUGUAGUUCGCUCUGAUGGGAAAAUGUUGGGGUAAAGUCGUUGCCUCAGGCACUAAUGCUCGACUUGCUCCGCUUCGAGUUCUCUUAUCCUUCAACGGUGGCGUUUUCGAGACAGUCAGCCCUCUGUUGUCUUAUUAACGGGUCAUUUUAUCUUCGCUUUCUUAGAUACUGGCACUCAGAAUUGUCGUCCAUCCUUGCUCUUUUUUUUUUUUUUUUUUUUU